CGCCAGCUUACAAGGUAUGCUCCCGAGAUGACACACCCCGAUUUCAAUGAAAAUUGGUGCACAACUUCUACUACCCAUUGGUACCCCAGAACGGUCAUUAAUUUUUGCCCAAUUUUCCUUGUUUAAUUUUUGCCAUUUAAACUCCAUGUAAUUGGAAUUACAUUGGAGAAAUCAGAUGUAGGCAACUUAUAUACACAGAGGACGCUUUUGUUGCCUACAUCUGAUCGUUUUUAACAUGCGUUUUAAUGGAAACUACCCUCCCUUGUGAAAUUGGGCAACUUUUGAUAGCCAUUCCAGAACACCCAAGGGUAGUGCAAGUUGCAUACCAACUUUCAUCAAAAUCGGCGUGUGUCAUCUCGGGAGCAUACCUUGUUAGCUUUUUAGCUCGCGCGCUGCACACUCACAACAUACACACGCACGCCUGCCUUCACUGCUGCCCGCAGUCCUUCGUCCUCCCCUUCCCCUCGAGCACCAAAAAGAACGAAUGAGCACCGUCGCUACCUUGGCUGCUGCUCACUGGAGGCGCCUUCGUCCUGCCGCAGACGAUUCAGGCACAGUUGACGAGCACCGUCGCUAGGGGUGCCACCAGCGCUCCGGCCAAAACGUAAACAAAACCACGACCACUUUUAUCAUACACUUUUGCAGCUGUGCCUAAAAAGAAGAUUGAAAUUUUUUAAACGAGAAUUUUAACAAAUUAUGAUGGCAAGGAGUGGACUGCCCCUUCGAGAGGUGGUGCAACGGCUCAACAAUUUGGCUCCUCUUUGGCUUGCCGAGUCAUGGGACAAUGUGGGACUUCUGCUGGAAACUUACCAAAGUUCGAGCACUCCAGUGAAGGAACUCUUGCUGACAAACGAUUUGACAGAGGAUGUUGCUCAAGAGGCGAUUUCCAAAAACAUUCAGCUCAUCAUUUCUUACCAUCCUCCACUAUUCAGGCCCUUUAAAACCAUCACGAAUGACCAAUGGAAGUCGAGGAUAAUAUCUACGUGCAUGGCUCACAAUAUGUCGGUGUAUUCUCCACACACUUGCUAUGACUCGAUCUACUUCGGAGUGAAUGACUGGCUUGCUAGCGUAUUUGAUUUUGAAACAAAAAAGCCAGUUUUGCCAGCCAAGUGUCCAGCAGGGGUCGAAACAUCGCUAGAUUUGGCGUCGUGUGGUGCUGGCAGGCUGAUGGAACUAAAGAGUCCCAUUACAAUAUCCACAGCUGUGGAAAAAAUCAAGUCUAAACUCAAACUUGACCACGUUCACUUAGCCCUUGCUAAAGGUGCCAGCAAAGAUUCAACAAUUUCAUCUGUGGCUGUGUGCGCUGGAUCUGGAUCUUCAGUUUUGGCAGGCGUGAAUGCCGAGCUGCUUUUGACCGGAGAAAUGUCCCACCACGAGGUUCUGGACGCUGUCCACAAUGGCAAGUCGGUCAUCCUGACUUGGCACAGCAAUUCGGAAAGAGGAUUUUUGGUCAACCUAGCUGAUAUUCUGACGUCAAAAACAUUCAAAAAUGAAGAGGUAGGAAUUUCUGUAUCUUCAGUGGACAGAGAUCCUCUUUUUACGUUGUAAAUUGUCUUUAUUAAAAUUUAAAAAUAUCCUAA